AGCGUCCGGUUCUGAUGUCGCCGGUCCGUGCGGUGUGACGCCGGGAGGUCAGAUUCGUUAUAUUAUUCUGCAUUUGGUUGAUCGCCCCUUUGAUUUUUUUUAAAAGAGAAGAUUUUUUUUCAUCCGUCCCUGAAAGUUGGUGUUUCGUUUUUUUUUGUUUUCGCGUAUGUGUGAAGAAACCGGCUGAGGGGUUGAAAUUUGACGGCGGGUGUUUGCGGCUAUUGAUUGGUGUUUGAAAUAAUGGCCGCGCUUUACGCCUGCACCAAAUGCCACCAGCGGUACCCGUUCGAGGACCUGUCUCAGGGCCAGCAGCUGUGCAAGGAGUGUCGCAUAGCACAUCCAGUCGUCAAGUGCACAUAUUGCAGAACUGAAUUCCAACAAGAAAGCAAAACCAACACAAUAUGCAAGAAAUGUGCACAGAAUGUGAAGCAGUUUGGAACACCCAAACCCUGUCAAUAUUGUAACAUCAUAGCAGCCUUCAUUGGCACCAAGUGUCAGCGUUGUACAAAUUCAGAAAAGAAGUAUGGGCCUCCACAGACAUGCGAGCAGUGCAAACAGCAGUGUGCCUUUGAUCGAAAAGAUGAGAGUCGGCGAAAGGUAACGGAAGUUGAUGGGAAAUUGCUGUGUUGGCUCUGUACACUUUCCUAUAAGCGUGUUCUGCAGAAAACAAAAGAACAGAGAAAAAACUUGGGUUCACACUCCUCAUCAUCUUCAGCUUCACUGCCCGAGAAAGACCUCUCAAAACAUCACCACAGUAGUAGUCGCCACAAAAUCAGCAGCCUAAGUCCAGAGCAGCAGCAUGGAGUAUGGAAAAUGAGCCAUAAGUCAUCAUCAUCCAGUAUUCAAAAUGAAGCUCCAAAGAAGAAGCCAAAACUUGAAACAAAACCCUCCAAUGGAGACAGCUCAUUGACCCAGUCAAUGGACUCUGGUGGGACAGACAACUUUGUUAUAAUCAACCAAUUGAAAGAAGAAGUGAUGUCUCUGAAAAGGCUUCUGCAGCAGAAAGAACAGACCAUUUUGGAAAGAGAUAAAAAGCUGACUGAGUUGAAAGCAGAUUUUCAAUACCAGGAAUCUAAUCUAAGAACAAAAAUGAACAACAUGGAAAAAGCUCACAAAGAGGUGGUGGAACAGCUACAGGCCAAAAAUCGAGAAUUGUUGAAACAAGUUGCAGCAUUGUCCAAGGGUAAAAAGAUGGAGAAGACUGGAAACAUCCUGCUGUCUCCUUGAAAAAUGCAUUGGCAAGUCCAUCAUGCAAGUGAGAGUAACAACUGCCAUGUUUGUUAAAAUUUACUGUGAAGUCUUUAAAUAUUUUUGCACCCUAAUUGUUUUCAAAGUAGUUAGAUUUGGUCUUUUUUAUAUUUUAACCAGCAAUAAGAACCAGGUUUGUCUUGUGUAAGCAGUACCAACUGACAGACCCAACAUUGAAUCCAUUUUAUAAUCUUGAAUUUGAGAAUUUAAAAAGGGACUGGGAGUGAACAGCAGUAAUAAAACUGCUUCAACAUAUUGUUACUUCCUGCAGAAAAACUCUCUUUUUAAUGCAAUAAAACACUAAAAUGAGUUUCGAUUUUACAGGAAGACCUUCAUUCUUUUAUUUUAGAGGUCUGACAAAAUAUUUCUGCCAAUCAAAAUUGCUCGAACCCUGAAUAUAAUUAAAUUACAGAAACCAGAGAAAAGGUUUGUUAUUAAUUGGCAGUUCCAACAUAAUUUUUACUUCUUCGUAGGGGGACAUUGGAAAUAACUUUAACCAGCUAAGCUGUAGAAGGAUAUAUUUUAUGCAUAUUUAAACUAAUAUGUAAACUUGUAUGUUGAAAAUGAUGAUCUGCCUAGAGCUGCUUUUCAUUUGGAAUUUGUUUUCUCAAAUGCUGCAGAAUCUUAAACAGUGGAUUUUUCUGAUAAUCUAUCUUAAAAUAAGAUGUUUAAGUGAGUAGAUACUCAUUUGCAGCAGCAUUUUGUUCUGUUUUCACCAUAAUUAACAUAUGUAUUUGUGGAGGUAUGAAAAUUAUUAACUUUAUUGAGAGACAUUUACAAGAUUACAAACUAAUGUUGGCUUUGAAAAAUCUAGGAACUACGUAGAUGUGAGGUGGUAACUGUACCUUUCUCAGGUGGUACAAAACUUUUUUUUCUCUCCAAACAUUAAUUUGGAAGAGCAUCUCCUGGAUACCACACAAAUUAUUUCAGUCUAUCAGAGAUGCAUUUGUAUCAUUCUUGCACCUUUAUCUCAUUUUUCCAUGGUAGUCAAUUUAUGGUAAAUGAACAAGGAAUGAUUUUGUCUUGGAAUAUCAAUCUAACAUAAUAGAUGUGUGUUUACAAGUUUUCUGUUUUUUGUUUUAUGAACGAAACUUAUUGAAUGGAUGGGACUCUUGAUUGUUUUGUGAUGGAACUGUAGUGCCUUAGGGAAAUUAGCUGUAAGUUGUGCAUCUUGUUAAAGGAAAAAAGUUAACAUUUUUGGAAUAGGUGUUUUUAAAAAUUACUGUUAAUGAUCUGUGAUUCAAAUUAUAUAAUUGAAAUGUCCCUUAAAACUAUUAGAACAAUCUAAUAAUGGUAAGAAUUAUACACUAAGAAAUAGUUCUCAAAUCUUUCAUAAAAUCUUUUGCUAUACUGUAUAUAGCAAAACCAUAAAUUGUGUAUAAAAAAGAUUUAUACAACUUUUUAAAACUCAGCUUUUUGAUAAAAUUAACUUUUUAUGUAAAGGUGCUUUUAAAUAACAUAAAAUCAACUUGUUUCAUUAUUGGACAUAGCCUGUUUUAUUAUAUUUAUUUGAAAACAAUGUUUAAAUUUUUUAAACUAAAGAUUUUUUUUUAAAUUUUGUACCAUACCUUUUUUAAAUUGCCCAAAUAUAAAAACUUAAUGUUGCUCAUAGGAUUUUUUUAAAAAAAGUUCAAAUAAUGUAGCGAUAUAAGAAGCAAAAAAAAUUCUACAACAUUCAUUUAUAUUUUCCACAGCUUGAUAGUCAACCGACUGCUAUUAAGAUUUCUUCUACAACAGAGCUUAAAGAUAUGUUUAUGCAUAGUAAUCCUCUACAUUUUGACUUCAUUCAGAUUUUUUUGAAAAAAUAAUACAACUCUACCUGUGUCUUGUAUUCUGGCAACACAAGAGCAGACUUUAUUUUCUUGAGCAGUAUUCUCCACCAGCAAAAGGUUGAACUCUAGCCCAUAAAAACCUAUGCAUCUAAAAUAUAUAAAAUGUCAAUGAUAUUUUCUUUGCUAAAUGCACAAAGUGAGAAGUAGUGAAAACCUACACAUUCUCAGGCUGUUGCAAUAUGUUGCAAUGCUAUUCAAAAAAAACAGGCUUUAAAACUUCCAGCAGAUAACUUCCAUAAGAGGGCAUUAUAAAAUUAUUAUAGGAGUAUCAUAUAACAAGAGUAAGGUUUUGUUUGAACACUCCUGGUUUCAUAGUGAUAUGGAAAUAUUUGCUAGCUUGUUUUACCGUUAUGAGCAUAGUUAACCCUAGGUUUAUGAAUUAUCUUUGCUAGAGGUGUUUGAGUACUAGAUAAAACUAAUUUUUUAGACUUGUUUGGUAAGACAGACUGAUGUAUUGUUUCUGAAAACAGGAGUAUUUACAAAGAUUGGUAGAACAGAAUUAGAAUGUGAUACAACUGCAUAUUAAUUGUCAUUGACCUCCACCGGUAACAGUGCCUUGUCAUUUCCACAGUUUUUAGAUUUGACAUUUAUUUUGGGGUUGUGGUACAAUUUGUAUAUGAAAUUCUGCUAAUCCAUCAGUUUGCAAAAUUUCAAAAGAAAGUUGUUUUUUUGCUGUAGGGUGCUUCCAUGUUUUUAAACAUUGUUUAAUCAUGUAAAUCUCUGCAUUUUCACUGAGGCUAAUUUUUAGUUCUGUUAAGUGUAUGAAGGAUUAUCCAUCAUAUUUGAGCUACGAUGCUUGAUCAGAUAUGUGUACAAUGUCAUUUGUGAAAUGGGGUGCAUAGAAUUCAAAGGCUUCACAGUAUUUAAAUCACAAUGAUCAAUUUUAAUCAUGUGCUGAAUUUUAAUAUGGUUUUUAUUUGUUUUUACCUCCAUUUAUUACUUGAAAAUUUUAAGUUGUAAAAUAGUCCGGGAUGUUUCCUUGCAACAAUAGACAUAGACUUAUGCUUUAUUUUAUUUUGGAAAUCUUCUGUAUAAGUGGUGAAACUGCAAGGUAAAAUUGUACUGUACUUCAUAUGUAUGUAACCAUAAACAAGUGUUUUUUCUAAUGGUAUAGGAUUUAAGUCAAAGCUGCCAGUUGUAUAUUUUAAAGUUUCAUAACUCACCUUGUUAUUUCCUGUGUGACCUCCUUAAGGAGCUAAAUAUAUUGAAAUGCUUGGAAUGUGUUCCUCAGAAUUCGCAAGCGCACAGGAAUAGAAUGAAUUCUGUAAUCAUAAGUUGGUCAACAACUGAAAUUUUAUACUUGUUCUUUUUAAAAUCUUGACAAUUUGAAAUAAAUCUUCUUAAAUAUUC